AUGGGAAGCGACCAGGACAGUCUGCAGCCAUGGUCCAUAGCUACCACGGCCUCAGUCACAGUGCUGGCCUUCGUGACUGUGUGUCUUCGACUACUCGCCCGUUAUGAGCGGAUGCAAAAGCUGUGGUGGGAUGACUAUAUGAUCAUCUUUUCUAUGCUAUGGAACCUGAUUGUUGUGGGAUUCAUCUAUGCCAUGAUUCAUAAGGGAAUGGGACUCCACGCAAGCACUGUUUCGCCGGAAAACGUGGUUUUAAUUGCAAAGUAUCUUGUGGUGGCCGAAGUUCUCUACGUGUUCAACCUAGUCUGGACUAAACUGAGCAUUCUACUCAUGUACUACCGGAUCUUCCGCUUUCCUUACUUCAAGACAUGGGCAUACAUCAUUGGAAUCUUUAUUAUCCUUUGGGUGAUCUGUAUAACCUUUCUCUUCAUCUUCAUCUGCGUCCCCGUCCAGAAGCUGUGGUAUCCCCAGAUUCCAGGACGAUGCAUCAAUCAGGUUGCUACGUGGGUCGCCAACGCUAUCUCAACAAUCGCAACCGACGUUGCUAUCCUACUCCUUCCAAUCCCACAAGUAUGGAAGCUCCAACUUCGACUCGCGGAAAAGAUAGCUGUUUCAAUCGCCUUCAGCUUGGGGUUCUUCGUCGUCUUCGCCUCCGCCUACCGUUUCUCAGUCCUCUUCAGCUAUAGCCCAGCUGAUUCGUCCUAUACUCUUGCACCAACAGUUGGCUGGACCGCGAUUGAGAUGGCAGCCGGCAUCGUUUCUGCCAAUCUCCCAACCCUCCGCCCUGCUUUCCGUUUUGGGGCACGCAUGCUUGGUAUCCACGGUAGAGUUUUGGCUCUCUUCAGGAGUACAAACAGAACGACAUCCAAAACCUCGGACGCUAUCACUCAGCCUUCAAGAGCAGCAGAAUCCACUACCACCAUCAUUCAGCACACCAAGCAUCCGAAACGGCACUCUUUCUAUCACUUACCAGAUGAUCCUAGCUCAGUGGGAGAACAGCCACGAAUGGAUCCCUCAUUCGGGCCGGACUAUGAUCACGCAAAGACAUACACCAAUGUGUUGGGUCCGAGAGUUGGCGAUCAUUCUGAUGGUGAUGAGAUUCCCCUGACUGAGAUUAGAGUCGACAAGGAGUUUACCCAGACUACGCGGUAA